AUGGGUUCGAUCGCAUCGUGGAAAACGUUGUUGAUGGGUUGGGUAUUCAUUGUCGCCUGCACGACCAUUCAAGCCGCACCUGCGCGCUCCUUGGUACCCAAGCGCCUAAUCCCAAGAGAUGGUCCCAGUCCACCUUCAGGGACUCCAACCCAGAAACCUUCAGAUUGGUGGUGUUCUCCCACUUUAGAGCAAGGAUUCUUCGGUUUCUCCUACGAGGUGGACACCUGUAUGAGCAAGACGCAGAUACAGUCUGAUUUCAAAUUGAUGAGAUACAUGUUCGGCGCUCGUUACGUGCGCCUGUACGCAUCUUGCGAUAAUGCGGGCUUCAUGGACAUUAUCAUUUCUGCGGCUUACAAUGCAGGAAUAGGCGUUUACGCAUUGAUAUGGUUUGGCUUUAACGGUGGCAAUCAGUGGCAAAGCCGGCGCGACUCUCUUAUUAAGACAGUCAAGACAAAUCCACUUGCGCCAUAUGUCAUCCGUUCCAUUGACGUUGGCUCCGAACCUUUGUUUGAUCAAGUUCUGUCCCCGACUGCACUGGCUGCCCAAGUAAAGUAUGUCCAAAACGCGGUCCAUUCGUAUGGAGUCAACGUCUCUAUAUCGGAAAUGCCAUUUGGGUACACCGUCCAAGGCAACCCGGCACCCGUACUCAAUGCAAUCGACAUGCUUCAUAUCAACGAACUGCCAUUCUUCGACAAGACGGCGACGACGGGUGAUAAUGCUUGGCCUUCUCUCAAUGGUUCCAUAUCGACGUUGGUACAUCAGACGGGCGGGACUAAGAAAGUGGUCCUCACUCAAACGGGCUGGCCAACGAAUACAAAAGUCUGGCCUGCAAAUUCGAAGAAGGCCGUUGCGAACGUUCAGUCGUCGAAAGCGUAUGCUGAUCUGCUGGAUAGCAAGUGCGAGGAAAUGAAAGUUCUCGGUCCGAAUGGUGGCAUUGGCUGGUUCUGGCAAAUAUGGUCUGACGAUAUGCUUACUGGGUGGGGUCUCAUAGACUCGAAUGGACUACCGAAGUGGACUUUUGCGCCUAGAACUGCUUGCUGA